UGCAUAUUCGGUUUCUCUCUUUUCUUAGUCAACUAUUCAUAUUGUUGAGUUUUCUAACAUAAUCCUCAAACUUCUCUUCCAUUUCAUCUCAGCUGAUCCAGCAAUCUAAUUCCGCUACUAAAUUUCUACAUUUUUCUUCAUCCAGUUUAAUUUUGGAACAAUGACGAGGGUAAGUCAUGAGUUCAGCAAUACUAUGCAGAAGGAAGCAGUUUCAGCUGUGUCAGCUGAUGUGAUAUUUGGUUCGAGUCGUUUUCCCAAUUACAAAAUUGGGGCAAAUAAUCUGAUUUUGGAUGCCAAAGAAGACCCAAAAGUUUUGACCAUGAAGGAGGUCAUUGCACGUGAGACCGCCUUGUUAUUGGAGCAGCAGAAACGCCACUCUGUUCGUGACCUUGCUAGUAAAUUCGAAAAGGGGUUAGCUGCUGCCGCUAAGUUGUCUGAUGAGGCAAGACUCAGAGAGGCAGCUUCAUUGGAGAAACAUGUCCUUUUGAAGAAGCUUAGAGAUGCCCUGGACUCUUUGAAAGGACGUGUAGCUGGAAGAAACAAGGAUGAUGUAGAGGAAGCUAUUACCAUGGUGGAAGCUCUGGCAGUUCAACUGACUCAAAGAGAAGGGGAGUUGCUUCAAGAGAAGACAGAAGUGAAGAAACUCGCAAAUUUCCUCAAGCUGGCUUCUGAAGAUGCUAAGAAACUUGUUGAUGAGGAAAGAGCACAUGCUCGAGCUGAAAUUGAGAGCGCAAGAGCAGCAGUUCAGAGGGUGGAAGAGGCCCUUCAGGAGCAAGAACAAAUGUCUCGAGCUUCAGGCAAACAGGACCUGGAAGAAUUAAUGAAGGAGGUGCAAGAGGCUAGACGGAUCAAAAUGCUGCACCAACCAAGCAAGGUUAUGGAUAUGGAGCAUGAGCUUCGUGCAUUAAGGAUUCAACUUGCGGAGAAGUCUAAGCAUUCAUUACUUCUUCAAAAAGAGCUAGCAAGAAGCAAGAGAGUUGAGGCAAAUUUAUCUCAUAUAUAUGAAUUAGAUGGUGCUGAAACUUUAGGUUCAUAUUUGCGAAUUAAGCCUUGCUCUGAUAUUGCUCCCGAACUUUCCCACUGCUCAAUUCAGUGGUAUCGUAUUUCAUCUGAAGGUGGCAAAAGGAGGUUAUAUUCAGGUGCUAGCAAAUCAGUGUAUGCUCCAGAGCCUUUUGAUGUUGGUCGAAGCCUGCAGGUUGAGAUUACUUAUGAUGGCCAUCUACUCGUAUUGACAACUACCGGUCCCAUUGAUCCAGCUGCUGGUUUGGGAAACUAUGUGGAGGCACUUGUGAGGAAACAUGAUGUUGAAUUCAAUGUAGUUGUUACCCAAAUGAAUGGUGCGGAUCAUCCAUCUGAAUCUAUUCAUGUACUACAUGUUGGUAAGAUGAGGAUGAAGCUAUGUAAAGGAAAGACUACAAUCGCCAAAGAAUAUUAUUCCAGCUCAAUGCAGCUGUGCGGAGUUAGAGGGGGUGGAAACGCGGCUGCCCAGGCAUUGUUUUGGCAAGCAAAGAAAGGGUUUUCGGUUGUAUUAGCAUUCGAAUCAGAGAGAGAGAGAAAUGCAGCCAUCAUGCUCGCCAGGAGAUUCGCUUUCGACUGCAAUAUAAUGCUUGCCGGACCAGAUGGUGGAUCUUCUACAGGAACCAAAUAGGAUCUCUUAAGAAUUAUGUUUUUGCAGAUUUUAAUCAUAUUGAGUUUUAUCAUUGUAUCAUAAAGUUUGUAAUGGCACGGUUUGAUUUUGCGUUGGAUUUUCCACCAUUUUAAUUUCCACCCCUCAUUUCCAUUAAUCUCUUGUGGAAAUCUACACCAAGGCAUUGUUUUUUGUGUGCCUUUUGUACACAUUCAGACUCCCAUUUGGAGAAAUGAUGGAUGUCGAUCUACAUAUGUUUAUAGUUGUCCUUUUUAC